AUUGUGAAUGAGACAGGUACGAUUCGACUCCUUUCCUCAUGUCUGAAAGUCGGAUUGCAAUCCUUACCCUUUGAACUCAAGGUUGUGUUACCAAGUACUAUUUCUGAUUGUUUGGGCCAACAAAGGGAGAAUAGCCCAAUAGCCCAAUUAAGCAUCGUAUUAUUUUAUCAAACAAAAAGGAGGGAGAAAGAGGAUAACAUUACAUACAGUUUUACAGAGUAGCAGUGUCGAAGCUCCAGCAAUGGAGGUUUUAGCAGUUGGCAUACCUCAUUUAGGAGAGAGAAUACUCUCUCAUUCCUCAAACCUAAUUUCUCUAUCUUCAUCUCCUUCGCAAUUCUCUCGAUUCCCAACCAUUCAAUUCAAUUUCAGAAAUUCUAAACUCAGAAAUUACAGUACUAUUAGCUUGCACGAGAAGCUUCCAUUAAUUGAAGACGAAGACGAAGAAGAAGAAUAUAGAAACUUUGAAAAUGAAUUAAUGGCGUCGUCAUCAUCGUUUCUCUCUCUAAGUGAAAAACCAGAUAGAAAUUUAGCGUUGCUGGAUGAUUAUGAAAUGGAGGAGAGAGAUUUUGACCCUAACCAUAAAAGUGGAUAUGUGGCUGUGGUGGGCAAGCCAAACGUUGGGAAAAGCACUCUUAUAAAUCAAAUGCUUGGUCAGAAGCUGUCAAUUGUGACAGAUAAACCUCAGACUACCAGACAUCGAAUCCUUGGUAUAUGUUCUGGCCCAGAUCAUCAGAUUAUACUUUAUGAUACACCUGGAGUUAUUGAGAAGAAGAUGCACCAAUUGGACUCUAUGAUGAUGAAGAAUGUCCGAAGUGCUGCCAUCAAUGCAGAUUGUGUAGUUGUUGUGGUAGAUGCGUGUAAGAUGCCUGAAAAGUUAGAUGAAGUGCUUGCUGGAGUAGGGGAGUUAAAGGAAAAAUUACCUACCUUACUUGUUCUAAAUAAAAGGGAUCUCAUUAAACCUGGUGAAAUUGCUAAAAAACUCCAGUGGUACGAGAAGUUUACCGAUGUGGAUGAGGUUAUACCUGUGAGUGCUAAACAUGGACAUGGAGUUGAUGAUGUCAAAGAUUGGAUUUUAUCAAAACUUCCCCUUGGUCCACCCUAUUAUCCAAAAGACAUUGCCAGUGAACACCCUGAAAGAUUUUUUGUAGGUGAAAUUGUUAGGGAAAAAAUCUUUUUGCAAUACAAGAAUGAAGUUCCAUAUGCAUGCCAGGUUAAUGUUGUGAGUUACAAAUCAAGACCAGGCGCAAAAGAUUUUAUUCAAGUGGAGGUUGUUGUUGAAAAGAAUUCACAAAAGAUCAUCCUUAUUGGAAAGGAGGGAAAAGCUUUGAAAUUGCUAGCGACUGCUGCACGCCUUGACAUAGAAGACUUUUUGCAGAAGAAAGUGUUUCUAGAGGUGGAAGUCAAAGUGAAAGAAAAAUGGAGACAAGAUGAAGGGCUUCUAAAACACUAUGGAUAUGGUGGCCAGAUCCAAGUUUUUUAACAAUAGGAUUCAUCUUUACUGGCUCACUGGCUAUAUCGCUCCCCUCCCUGCUCUGUGCACAUCUUAUGUGAAGAAGACCAGGUGGGAGUUCCCUGUAACUGUUCUCUAUUUAGAUUGUAGAUAUGGAACAAUUUAUUUUAUAAUCAUUAGAUUGCUUCUACAUCUUUUGUGCCUUAAUAUCUGUUUCUUGUAUGCUUUUUUCUUUUUUCUCAAUUUUCCAUUUUCCUUCACUCAUACUCACUUGGUAGGAGAAAUUAAAUUGUAAUUGAUAUGUAGAUGUACUAUGUCUUGUAAUUUGAGUCUGCUCAUAUGAUUAUAAUUCCGGGGUUUUCUCCCCACACAUGUUUCAUCUUUAAAUCAUUCAACAUUCAUUUUUCUUUGGCAAUUA